AUGGAUAUAAUACGAGGUGCCUGCUCAAAAGAUAAAGUUGGUGGGAUGGUAUACAUAAGGGAGGACAUAGUCCCCUCCAUGCUAGAAUGGAAAGCCAUUGAAGACGAAAAGAAUACAAUAGCAAUUCCUCUAAAUAUGCUUGUUGCUUUACAAGCAACAAAAGAAUCAUCUCCCAAGAUGAUCCUACAGAUUAGCUACAAGUUGGAUGAUCAACAAGAAGGGCAAGAACCAAUUAAGAUGAAACUUCACUUCAACAAUCGACCCACAAUGAAUAAUAUCAAGGAUGCAUUGCAAACAAUCGUUGCCAGAUCAAGAACCAGAGUUGAAGGAUCGUCAACACCAACACCUCAGGCUGAUGCUUCUGGUUCACCCGUGUCCUCGGCAGGUACUUCUGGAGCAAAUGAAUCAGCAACACCAACCCCAUCUGCUGGUUCCUUCAUUUCCAGUGCAUUCAAUCUAUCGCAAGAUCAAUUAACUGAUUCCAGUUUGUUAAAAAACUUUGAUCUACAGCAGAAACUAUUACUAGAAGACAAGAAUCUACGAAACACAUUUACUAAAUCAGUAAUGCAAUUCAAACUAUCGCCAACAAUGUUUUGGUCAAGUCGCAUAAACCAAUUGCGUACAUUUGCACUAACAAUAUCUCAGCAUCGUGGUCCAUACAACGUACUAAGUACAAUAAAACCGGUGGCAACUUCUGAUAACCAAGUGAAUGUGAAUGUGACCCGUAGUACCAUUAAUGAAAUAUUUGACAUUUAUCCCAUCAUUAAAAAGGCAUUUUCUGAUUUAGUACCGCAAAAGCUACUGGAGGGUGAAUUUUGGUCUCGUUUCUUUAAUUCCAAAUUGUUUCGAAGAUUGAGAGGAGAUAAAAUUGGACUAUACAGUGGGAGGGGGGAUGUGAUCUUGGACAAGUAUUUGUAUAUUGACGAGGAGAGUUUAAAUGCGGAAGCUGCGCAAAAGAAAGAUGGAGAAGAUGGUAAUUCUCCCAAGAGGCAGAAACUUAAUGAAGAAAUCAGCACUAGUCUGAGGAGUAGCUCCUUGAAUGAGCCCGCAGUGAAUAAAUUUCUUGACUUGUUUGGAAACGAACAAGAUAAUUCACAAAAGUUGGGUAAUCGACCUGAUAUGACCAUGCGAUACGAGGAUGAUGUGACAAAUGCACUCAAUUUGAGGUCGGGGUCCACCAAGGAGAAUGAAAUGAUUAUAUUGAUGAAAAAUAUGAACAAGUUGUCUUCGAAAAUGAUGAGUAUGAGUGCGGCUGAGAAUAACGAUGCAAAGCCUGAAGCUACUGUUGAUGGCUUAUCGGCCCCUGAAGUAAAUGAGUAUGAAGAAGAGUUGGAUUUGCAUGAUUUGAAUGUAGUCAAUGAUACUCAGUACAUAAAGUUGAGUAUCAACACUAAUAAAAUCAGAGAUCAUUCAAUUGAUGUUGCUGGUGGUGAAACUGUUGAUGUUGAAAUGAAUGAUGCUGACUUGAUAAAUUAUUUGCAAAGUCAAAUUCCCCAGGAGUCGGUAAUUGAUUUGUCAGAUACAUUUAAAGGUAAAGAAGAAGAUAUCAACAAAACAUCCACUGAAAUCUCACAACUCGUGAGACACAAUUUCAAGACUUUUAAACUGAUCAACAAAGACGAUUCACUUUCAAUGACAAAACCACACAAUAUUGUUCCCGAAUCCAUGUAUCAAGAAAUAAUCACCUACAAUAUAACCAUUGUUGAAUUUUUAUCUCAUUUUUGGAAAUUGUUUCUCAAUGGCAACAAUCCAACGCAAUUGAAGAAAAUAUUCACUAGUUUGAAAAAUUGUCAAAAUUCACUAACUGAAUUCAAGAAUAAAAGUUUAACACAAUUGGAUGCUAUUGACAUUGUGGCUGUGAAUGAAAAACUACGAGAUAAGAUUCACAAGGAUCUCGAUGCGUGCUUGGAACCAAUGGAGGUUAGUUUGGGCACGGCAUUGAGGAAAUAUGCUGAAGCUGUAAAGAGUGCAACUGCAACUGCGAGAGAACAAGAUGGAAUAGUAUCGCAAACUUAG